AUGACAAAACGAUCCAUUGAAGAAAAUUGCUCAUCUUCAAAGAAGAUAAAGAUUCAAGAUCAUGUAAAUCACAUUUCGGAAGAUGUUUGGAGUCAAACCAUUUUCCCAUUUCUUGAUGGCAAUGAAUUAUUUAAAUCAAUAAGAUUAGUUUCGUUUCUGUGGAAUAAUCUUGUUUUGGCCACUCGAUGUAAUAUUCAAGUUUAUUUUCCAGGUUUCACAAUGGAGGAAGUAGAACGAACUGUUGUCCAAUUAAAAGAAUGGGAAUUUUCUGAUAGAGAAACCUAUGAGGUAACAAGUUUUAAAUAUUCGAAUGAUAAAGAGCAUUGUAAACGAGUGAGAGAAUUUAUUCAAAGUGGAGAGGAAGGUAAAUUCAAAAAUGUUACUGGAAUUACUUUCAAGAGUAAAAUUCAUCCAUGCUUCUUUGAAAAGAUUUUCAGUUUGGAUUGGCAACAUUUGAAAACUCUCAAUUUGAGUAAUAAUACUCUCAAUGCUGAGGGAGCAAAGUUUUUAGCAAAUGGAAAUAUGAAUCUAACACAAUUGAAUUUGUCAAAUAAUUCCAUUGGUAAUGAAGGUAUUGGCUAUUUAUCAAAGAGUUCAAUUGUUAAAGGGCUAACUUUAUUGAAUGUAUUGUGUAAUAAUAUUGAUAAUGAAGGAGCACAAUAUUUACAAGGUGAUAAUUUUAAAAAUCUAACCCAAUUGAAUUUUCAAACUUUAUCAUCUAGAGGAAAUCGUUAUCUUGCCAUGACUGCUCACUUUUGUGGAGUUACACCAUUCACUAUUCAUCCUUUUGAUAAUACUGAUGAUUUGAAGGAGUAUCUCUUUAACUAUUACAUUAAGUAUUGGAAUCAAUAUGCAGGUGAAGUAUUGGGUCUCUCUAAAAAUGAUGACAAACAGGUACUGAAAGAAAAGAUUUAUCCAUUACCUUUUGAAAGAAUUGCUGGGUUGGCAGUUGGUGAAGUUGGUGGAAUGGUUUAUAAUGAAUGUGAAACAGAGGCUGUUGUUGGAAUAGUUUAUGGUCAGGAGAUUAAUGAAGAGAAUUUGGCCAAAACUAACGAAUCAACACCAUUUGUUAUUGUUGAAAAGCUUGAUGGUUAUUCCCAUGAAUGUACUUAUUGUAUUGGAAAGUCUAAGCUUGAAGAAAGAUUGGCAAAAGAAGAAUACGAAGAAGAUGAACUUGAAGAACUUGAAGGAGAUUCCAAAACAUUCAAACAAAUAGCAAGUUUGCUUCAAUCAGGUAUUGAUAAUGAUGAUGGAAGAGACAUUUUUCUGGCUUUUUUCAUUGGUGAAAUUGUUGAUGGUACAUUUGUAGAGCUAAAGAAAAAACAAUUAAAUUAUUGA